AUGAGAAAAAAAUCUUAUAAAGACAAGAUUGCUAAAGACAAUGCUUGGAGAAGAAUCUCUGAAACAUUGAAAUCUACAGAGGAAGAUUGCAGGAAGCGAUGGCGCAACAUCCGAGAUGCUUAUAAAAAAAGCAAGAAAAAAACAACAACCGGUUCAGCAGCAAAAAAAUCAAAAUAUAACAACAAUGAUCAUUUGAAGUUUCUUGAUGCAUCUCUAACUGAAAGAGACAGUUCUCACUGCACACUAGACAACGAUGAUGACCAAAAAGAAAAUGUUGAGCAGAUAUUCAACAUAGAUGAGUCUGCUAGUUCGCCAUUUCUUGGAUCAGGUGAUGAGAACGUAUGUCAAGAUAAAACAAACUCUUCCACUGCGUCUAAUGAAAAAAUCCGUCGUCGCACGCUUUCACAAGAAAAUGAAUCAAAUGAAAACGCACAGUUUGAUUUUGCAACUACCAUUCAAUCUCCAAAGGAAGGUCUGAUUGGAAACGAAAAUAAGGCCUCUGCAGUGGAGACUAAACCAAAGCACCCAAUUUUCACUUUCUUCGAAAGUUUGGCGAAAACAGUGUCCCAGUUUCCACCAGAUAUAAUUGCACGGACAAGAAGCAAAGCAGCCCAAAUUGUGACAGACAUGGAAUUGGAAAGUAUUGCAAGAUCAUCCAAAAUACCAGCUAACAAUCCGUACGCCAUGACUUUAAUUGAAAUUGAUGAAAAUUCUUCUACAAGCAAUUGUUACUCGGUAGUAAGUCCCCAUCACUCUGCAGCGGAUAAUAUCAAAACCCCAGAAAAUAUUAUCUAUCCCUGA